AUGAUUCGCGACGAGCGCUCUGGAAGCGUUCCCUGGAUGCCCUACACAAUUGUGAACCAAAAGGUGCUUGGCUCGGCUACCGAAGGCGUGGCCUUGAACGCGUUGAAAGCCGGCGUCUGUUCCGCUUACACUGGACCCAAAAGCUCCUACCCGGCGGAAUGCGUAAAACUUGCCGGUGAGCAGAAGGAGUUUGCUCCGGAAGCGGCUGUAGUUGUGGACAAGACUGACAAACCCCUAGCGGCGGCCGGAGAGAAGUCUGAAGUCGCUGCUGCUCCUGCUGUGCCUGAGGAGGAGGUGAACGAAGGAGUCCAAGCUCCCGCGAAAGAAAAUGCUGUGGUUAGCGGCAAUGUCGCUGUGGACGUGAAGCCGGCUGAGGCGACCCCUGCUGUUGCCAACGUGCCAACCACCGCCGCAGUAACCGGGAAGGUGAAGCUUGACAUGUACUGGCGAGCUUUUUGCCCCGGGUGCAUGUCGUUCAUCACGCGACCCUUGCUUUCGCUGAUUCGAAACAAAGAAUUUCAGGAGAUCAUCGACUUCCACCCCGUGCCGGCAGCGGGUACAACUUUUGACGCGAAGGGGAACUUUGUCUGCACCGCCGGCAUGGUGGAGUGUCUGGGGCACAAGUGGUUGAGCUGCGUAGUCGAGGAGUUCAAUCAAAUCGGAGACCUCGUCGAGCGUGUUGCUUGCAUGGAGAGUAAGGACAACAAGGGUAUGACCUGGAGCUUCAUCAUCAACCGAUGCUUUGAGGGAGAAGCGAACGCAAAGAUGAAAACUUGCUACGACACAAAGAGUGACGAGCUUCUUCGACAGAAUGUGGCGAAGCGGCAGUCACUGCGUGUACCCUGGGUGCCCUACGUUAUCAUCAAUGAUGAACCACUAGGCGACGCAUCGCACGGAAUCGGCUUGAAGCAGCUUAUGGAUGCCGUUUGCAAGGGCUACUCCGGGCCGAAAGAUUUGUGGCCAGCGGCAUGCCAGCCUAAGCGGCUUCGUGACGAAGAGGAGUCCAAGCCUCCAGCUGAAGACGCUGUGGUGAAGCCGUGCGCUCCCAAGAAGGACACUGGCAACACUGGGGCGCAGUAUGACGAUGCCCCAGGUAUCGGCAAGCCACUCCCAGUACCAGAGGCGAAAACUGUCACCGAGUUUGACGCCAAGGUCAUUGGAGGCAAGCAGGCUGACGAGCAAGAAGCAUCCCACGGGGCCACGAUGACGGCGGUCAUUUUGCCUGGCGCGUGCUUUAUUGGUCUGCUUGUCGUGGCGCUGCGACUAACGCGCGACCACAAGAAGGACGCCUAA